AUGACAGACGCCAGCAGACCACCGCCCAUCUCACGCCUCCCAGACGAACUCCUCGAAGCGAUCGUCUCCCACCUUCCACCAACCGCCACCCUCUCCUUCGGUACGACAUCCCGCCGCAACAACAAAUUCACCUACGAGCCGCUGGUAUGGCGUCGUCAUUGCACCGAGAUAUGGCGAUACUGGGAGCCUCAUCACGAGCUCGAAGAGAAGCUGCACUCCCCACCGACACAGACAAAGUGGCGACAGCUCUACAACGAACGGACACAAGUCGAUCGCAAGGCACUGGAGCUCUUCGACCAGAUGCUACUCACCCAGCAGUAUCGAUUCGAGCGGAUGGAGAAGAUUGCAGGCUAUGGGUAUGAUGUGAAAGAUCUACUGCUCACGUUGAGAAACGAGACGCCCGAGGAUGCGAACGAUGUGCUAGCCAGGAAAUAUCAUGCAAAUGCGAUUCUGGGCCAGAUACAUCGCGCUACUGCCCUGGAGAAGUGGAUGCGACUGCAGAACAGACAGAUGGUCAGGCUGGAGGAGGUGCUGGGCGCAUACGAUCUGUUUGUGUUGAGCGGUGCAAAGGGCGACUUGAACGAUGUGGACAAAGAGCUGGAUCGAUUAGCGAAAUGCAUCAAGGACAGAGAUCCGGAGUUCGAGGAGUUGAGUAUUCGAAAGAAAGCACAACAGACUGCGAAAUACCUCCGAAGCGAAGGCCUGGUAGGCAACCCAAACGUGGACGACUAUCAUGCCUUAAGGAACAACUUCAUCUCUAUGGCUCUGUUCGACGAGGUGCACAGUUCUCUGCCGCUGCAGUCGGUAGCCAUAUAUUGUGCUGUCGCGCGGAGACUCGGAGUCAACGCCAAACCAUCAAACUAUCCACAGCACGUGCACGCAGUUAUCGAGGCGCCAGCAGAGGUCACACUCGACGGCAAAGCACGCACCCCCACACCGGAUAUGGAGCUCGACACAAUGCACAUGGAUCCGUGGCGCAGCUCCGAUGAGAUGCCUCCGGCCGACCUGCGGACUCGUUUGUCCCAAAUGGGCGCUCCUCCUCAACACCAUGCCUCCUAUUUAGGACCCGCGAGCACACUCGAAAUCGCCCUUCGCACCGGCCGCAACAUCAUGACGUCCGUGCAGGAAGCGCGCGAAAGGCAACGAGGAAUCACACGCCGCAGCACGUAUCCUGACAUCGAAGCAGCUUGGUACAGUAUGCUUUGGUCCAUGCUCGUCCUGGGCGACGCUCAUGGAGCCGCUACUCUACACCGCCGUCGCCAAUGUCUUCCUUACUUGGUCGAACAUUUCCAAGCCCACUUUCCAGAAGAUAUCGGCCUCGUCGAAAAGCACAUACCAGCCAUGUUUGCGGAUGAACGCGAAUACAAUAUCCUGCUCCAUCUCAUCACCCAAGCUCGCAGCAAAGAUCGAAACCUUCCCGCCCCAAGACCGCGCGACCAGAGUACGAAGGAGAUCGUCAAAUACAAGAUCGGCGACCAUUUCACCCACCGUCGCUACGGGUACGAAGGUGUCAUUGUAGGCUGGAACAUCCGCUGCGACGCCGAGCCGCGCUGGAUCGAACAGAUGGGCGUCGACGACCUUCCCCGAGGUCGCGAACAGCCUUUCUACAACGCAGUGUAUGACUCUCCUCCCCUCGGGAAUCAAAGGGCGUUUUACACCACGGUCUGCGUUCAUGCUGACUUCAACAGGGCGGACGACAAGAGUGUGAGGUACGUCGCGGAAGAGAACAUUGGGAAGACCGAGAAGGGAGAUGAUAUGCGGCCUUGUGCUGCGCUGAUGGCGCUUGCGGGGAGGUAUUUCAAGCGAUGGGAUGAUGUGGAGAAGAGGUUUGUAAGUAAUCUGGAACAGGAGUAUCCCGACGACUGA